GUCCAGCCUCCUGGGCGUGCAUUCUCGGAAGGAGUUUAACAGAGUUUACUUCCAUGUAGGCGUGCGUCUGAGGGCUCCUCUUAGCAGCCUUACGGUUAUUCAAUUUCUUUUUCUUUUGGGCCGCCCGCGGAAGAGCACUUUGCAAGCGGGGUGCCGCCGGGGAGCGAUCCAGCAAAGGCGCUUUCGAGUCAUCUGGAGAACUUGCAAAGCGCCACAAGAUCCUCCUCCUUGCACACAAAAAACCCCAAAACAAAGCAGCGUCAGGGGGCACCUGAGAGGUCCUUAGCACGAAGGCGAAGAGGCAAGUUCCUCCGGAGGCAGCAGGGACCGAUCGCGCCCACUUCGGAGUGGAUCUGCUUCGCCCCGGCUCCUCGAUAGCCAGAAGGAAAGGGAACCGGGCCGAAUUGUGACCAUCGCGGCAGGAUUUUACGCAGCUUCGCUGUGUCCCGAGCUCACUUGCGGAAGGAAAGGUUGGUUAAUCCGGCUAGCUGGGAUGCUGUGCGCCCUUGCUUGGGAACAUAGGAGCAAACUCCAUGGGGCAGAGGGGUCUUGGCCCCCCCAAAAAUAAAAUAUUUGAGGCCCCCCCCAAGUUUAUUGCCAUUGUCAUUCAAAUGGUAUCCGUGCACCACGUCGAUUUAUGCAGGGUAGGGCUUGCUUAGCGCCCCCCCCCCCCAAUAUUUUAUUCAAGUUGGCACCCUGCUUGCGAGUAAGCCCCAUCGAAUUUAGACUGCCCUUUUUCUCCGGAGUAAACUUGCAUAGGGCUCCGGCUGCGGGUCCGUCCUUCCCUUCUCUCUUUCUGAUCGCAGUUUCUCGUCGAUGCCUCCGGUUUGAGCAGCGGUUUGAGCAGCUACUUCCUAAAUAAAGUUGCAAAAUGCAGGAGGAAGCCUUUGCAAGCGCUGCCUUCCGCGCCCAGGCGGGCGAGGAGGACUCCAAACCAAUUUUGGCCUCUCUUCCUGGCUUGUCGUUUUUUAAAUUCUUUGUGCCGCGAUCGUAGACCGCGCCGUUUAAAUCCAAUGGUUUGUAGCCAACGAAGUUCUGCUCAAAGUCGACCCAUAGCAGACACACUGAAAUCGAUGCACCGAUAUUAGUCGUGUGCAUUUGCUUAAACGGGUCCACGCUGGGCGGGGGGGGGGAGAGAAGCCUGUUCUUUUUUUAGAAGGAACAGAAGUAGUUCAGGGUUGAGAUAGGAUGGUGACAUAAAGCAGCCAGAUGGGGGUAAAAAUACUGUUAUAGCAAAACUACUGUUGACUUUAAUUAGAAAAUAACGGAUUGCACCAGUUUGGGUACACAGUUCUAAAAUUCCACUGCUCUUAUUCCUCCCCCCCCCCCCAUUUAUACCUUGGAAUGCAAACUGAUGCACUUAAGAGUUUUAAAACUUUUCCUUGGAAGCAGAUUUAUAACAGUCAUAAAAUUAAAAUCUUACAACAUUGCAAUUCUCUGCAUGUUUGCCUAAAAGUAGGUCUACCAAGGCUGUAUACACACCAUGCAUGUCAAACACAUUAUUAUUAUUAUUAAUAAUAAUAAUAAUUCAAUUUAUAUGAAUUACAUAUAAAUCACAUACAUAAAUUACUUCUAUUCUGGGAACUGUAGUUUGCUUCGGGUGCUGGAAAUUGUAUCUUUCUGGGUGUAAACUACAUUUCCCAGCAUUCUUUGGGGAAGCCAGGUGUUUUAAAUGUAUGAUGUGUUUGCAGCCUGUGAAGCCUACACCCAAGUAAGUCUGCUGCGUUCAGACUCUGGGCCCCCAACAUUUUGCCCCAGAUACCCCUCCCACAUUGUUUCUUCCCAAGGACCCCUGGCCCUCUUUUUAAAAAGAAAAGAAGGGGGACUUUUGUCCUUUGGGGUGUCCAGCAUGCUUUUCCCCUGUGUUUUAUUACUUUGAGAGAAAGCUGAGGGGCAUGUUUCUGAGCAUCAUCAAUUUUUCUCCUGUGAAAUGUGUUUUUUUGUGGUGUCCAAAAAAGUUGCUCAGAUUUUCAAAUGUGCCCUUUGAUCCAGAAAGACCCCUCAAUCAGGUUAGAGUUUAACUGGGUGCUGCCUGAACCAGGCUUGACAGAUGUGUGGGACCACCCACUUGAGGUUAUAAUAUCAGGCGAACCUGUUUUUGCCCACAAAGUUCUGUCAAUCAAAGCAAGGUGCCCAGAGUUGUGCAAGCCUUGACAAUCAGCUGAUCGUCAUGUUGAGGUUUGCGAGAGCUGGCAGUCAGCUGAUUGUCACCCUUUCCAAAGUCCUGUGCUUUGGAGGUGGUGCUGAUCAGCUGAUUGGUAGUGCUUGCAAACCCUCUUUGGCUCAGCCAUGCCUUUACCUGCCCACACCUGCCAUCCUACGGCACACCUCUUCCCAAAUCAGCAACGGGAGCAUGCUGGAUGCUGAGUAAACAGGAGUGUGGGCAUGUAGGAUUUAUUGAGUGUAUUUGUUUGUGAGUUGUUAAGAUUUUGGUUUAUGAUAUUUAUUUUUUAAAUAUCAAGCUGCUGCGCUAGUUCGGAGAGGUGUGGGGCUUAUAAUUUGCCUUUCCCCCCUGAACCUUUAGACUUUACUGCAGUACACUCUUCUCUGCAAUUGGAAGUCUAAAACAGAAAAUUGGGAAUUGGCACACGCUCCCAUAUGUAUGUACUAAAAAUGACCUGACAGCAAAAGAUAACCCAUAGGUUGCAUACUGCCCACCCCUAUUGCAGGCUGCUUGUUUUUGCGUAGGUCAGGGGGCAAGCCUGUUGAGGACUGCAUUCCUUUGGGUGGGGUAUAACCCGAGGGAGCCAUGUGGUGGCAGUGGGCGGACAAAAGACAACUGUGGGUGGGGCCAGAUCUUUUUCUCCCUGCCCACCCUUUUCUCCCCUGCCCAGUGAAUUGGAUGGAUUAGCUCAUUUGUCUUGCCAGCAUUCAGGUCUGAGCUAAUUGCUUCCAGGGGUCUUCUGAAACUGGGCCAAGGCAGCCCUAAGGCCACAGGUUGCUCAUCCCUGAUGUAGGAAUUGGCUGAAGUAGCUGGUUUGGUGGGGUGGGAGGUUUAGACAAACAAUAAAGUUCUUCUUUGAAUAGUGAUGGGGAGAAAUUUGAUUCAGGUCAAAUUUAAAGGCAAACCCACCUAAUUCUUACUUUCUGAAACAGGGCCCAGAUCAAAACCCAGGUACCCUUCAAAAUUCACACUUCCUUGAAUUUUGCAAUGCAGUUCUGGAGCCCAUGCAUAUAAAAACUCAUAUACCGAGAUCAAGUGCCUAUCAAAGGGCAUAUAAUAGUGAAAAUAGCAUACAAAAAUUCAUAACUUUUGGUUAAAGUAUGGACAGAAAUAAUGAUAAUUUUUGUGCAAUUUUUUUAUUUUAUUGCAGAUCGAUGCGAAAACGGAAUGGAACAGCCUUGUGAAUGAACACACGCAAAACAGCUGCAAGCCAGAACUGAUCAGUCCGUCCCUAGAAGACAGUCUUGCUAUUGGGAUGGCAGGUCAGUAUGUCAAAUUCAUUUUGUGUGUACAGUGGUACCUCGGUUUACGAACUUAAUCCGUUCCGGAAGUCCGGUCUUAAACCAAAACCAUUCUUAAACCGAGGCGUGCUUUCCCUAAUGAGGCCUCCCACCGCUGGUGCCCUUCCAUCAUUCGGAUUCCUUUCUUCAUCCGAGGUAAAGUUCUUAAACCAAGACACUACUUCCGGUUUUGCGGAGUUUGUAGACCAAAUCGUUCUUAAACCGGACUGUUCUUAAACCAAGGUACCACUGUAUCUGUGUUUAUUUUAUAUCUGUGUGUGUACACACACUAAGAUCACCAAUUCAUACAAUGUAACAUAGUGUACAAUGAUAGGUAAAGUAAAGGGACCCCUGACCAUUAGGUCCAGUUGUGGCUGACUCUGGGGUUGCGGUGCUCAUCUUGCUUUAUUGGCUGAGGGAGCCGGCAUACAGCUUCUGGGUCAUGUGGCCAGCAUGACUAAGCCGCUUCUGGCAAACCAGAGCAGCGCACAGAAACACCGUUUACCUUCCCACUGGAGCGGUACCUAUUUAUCUACUUGCACUUUGAUGUGCUUUCGAACUGCUAGGUUGGCAGGAGCAGGGACCAAGCAAUGGGAGCUCACCCCGUCGCAGGGAUUCGAAUCGCGACCUUCUGAUCAGCAAGUCCUAGGCUCUGUGGUUUAAACCACAGCGCCACCCGCAUUUCCGUACAACGAUAUAUACAAUCAAAUGUAAAAUACCAUAAAGAAAGUGCAAAACGGUCAUUGAAAUGACCGGUUGAUCAAAAAAUUAAAACCAUUACAUGGACCUAUCUUGGUUAGAUCUCUCUCUGCUGCCCACUGUUCACUUUAGCCUGAUUCUGAAUUGGUGACUUUACAGGCUGGUUCAAGGCGAUUCUGCAGAAGUCCAGGAACACUUCCAGCUCCUCAAAAUGCCACUUGAACAAUAUUUCUAAACAUUCACCUUCACCUUCUCCGUUGAGUAGUUCCAGCACCCCAACAAGCAACUCGACAACCAGCCCCAAACAGGUGCCCUCUGCCUCCCAGGUAAGCGUGAGCAUCUCAGGCAGCGCCCGCUGGAACAAGUUGUAUGACGUGUGCAUCUGCCACAACGAGGGCGACCUUGGGUUUGUGGAGGAGCUGGUCUCCUACUUGGAGAGCCAGCCAGAACGCUUUCGUUGCUUCCUCCAGCCCCGGGACUCUGCCCCUGGGGGUGCCAUCGUCACGGAGCUGUGCGAUGCCGUCCAGAACAGCCACUGCUGGGUGCUGCUCAUCACGCCCAACUUCCUCAAGGAUCCUUGGUGCCGUUACCAAAUGCACCACGCUUUGACGGAGGCGCCCAUGGCGAACGGGCGCACCAUACCGGUGCUGAAGGACAUGGACCGCAAAGACUAUCCCCGGGAGCUCCGAUGCCUCUAUUACAUCAGCGUGACGCUCCAAGAGACCAGCUUCAGGCAAAUCAGAGAGACGGUGCUGCGCUGUAAGUAAGAGAGGGCUUCUUAGCAGCUUAACCAUUUCCGUGGACGCAUGUCAGGGACCGUGCUGAGGAGGGCUGCACUGAGAAAGAACGGUGGGAGCCUCCCUCUGCUCCUGAUCAGGAUCCUGAAUCUUCCCAGGAGCAGGAGGACAGUAUAGAUUUGGAACAGUGGUUUGCAGAGGGGCAUAGUUCAGAAGGCAGAAGCUGGGAAAUACUGGAUGGGGAACAGCUAGGAGAAGAAAGACCGGGAGAGAGAGAGAGUGAACAGAUUUACUGUCUCUGGAACGAAUUCAUCCGCUCUCCCCAAGGUCGAAAAGAUCUGAGAAAGUGGCAGAACAGAAAGCACAGAGGGUACAAGCUCAGGUUAUAAGACGUAGGAGUGAUGUGGAUGAUAGGGACUUAAGGGGGUGGAAUUCUUAAUUGGGAGCACCGCCAUUCCUAGGAGAUGGGUUCUUUGUUCUCUCGCUGUGAUCAUCAAAGUUCCUAACUGGUAAGAAGGCUCCUUUUCCUUUGUUCUGCUUAUCUACUGCCACGGUGGGGAGGAAGCUGAUUCCCUGAAGCCUGACAGCGCAUCGGUUGUACUCCACAAAUUCACAACCACAUUUUCUUCUUCCUCGCUGGUCUGACGGUCCUAUUCUCUCCCCGCCCCCCAUCUCUCUGUCAUAACUGCCUCAGCUGCCCCUUUCUCAACAUUCCAGUCCGGUGGCUAAAUUUAUUGUUUUAUUUAUCUUAUUUAUUUAUUAAAUUUGUAUAUCGCCCUUCAUCUGUACACCCGACCAGCCCCGGCCAGCUCCAGAGACAACAGAGCUACUGCAACAAACAGCUGGGCAACCCUUUGGGAGGCAGAGACACAAGAAGGCAUAAAAGCGGGGAGGGAAGGAAAGGACAGAAGCCAGUGUUGCCCACAGCACCCCUGACCAUCAUUCAAGGCACCCCAGGGUGCCAUAGCACAUUGGUUGAAAGCCACUGAUGUAUUACAUAAGGUUAAAGAUAAAGGGACCCCUGACCAUUAGGUCCAGUUGUGGCCGACUCUGGGGUUGUGGUGCCCAUCUCGCUUUAUUGGCCGAGGGAGCCGGUGUACAGCUUCCGGGUCAUGUGGCCAGCAUGACUAAGCCGCUUCUGGCGAACCAGAGCAGUGCACGGAAACGCAGUUUACCUUCCCGCCAGAGCGGUACCUAUUUAUCUACUUGCACUUUGACGUGCUUUCGAACUGCUAGGUUGGCAGGAGCAGGGACCAAGUAACGGAAGCUCACCCAGGAUUCGAACCGCUGACCUUCUGAUCAGCAAGCCCUAGGCUCGAUUUAGACCACAGAGCCACCCGCGUCCCACCUUGGUUUAAGACAACUUCCUAUGUACAGCCCUGCAAGCCAAUAGAUGCAACUGCUUGUGGCAAAAUGGUAGAAAGCAAUGCCUGUUUACUGGGUGCUAACCAUGGAGUUUUUAUGAAUGGGUGAAGGUUGUCUGAGGUUUCAUAAGUGUCUGGUUCAAAGCUCCUAACAGCUUGUCUCUCUCUCAGAUCUUCAGGAGCUCUGUCAGAACACAAGCAGAAGAGGUGAACUGGACAUCCUGCAACAGAAGAAAUAAAGGCUGGGCCAAAGGAACAUCUUGUUGUGCAUCUGGGAUUGGUGAAGAAGUCUUCAUGGUGUGUUCUCUCUCUAGCGGGCCUGGCCUCUCACACCGUUUGAAGGGCAGAUCUCAUCCCAGUUUGCUGUUCACAGUCUGGAAAGAGCACAAACUGGUUAUCAUUCUGGUGUGCUUUAUGCUCUGAUAGUCCUAAUUGGAAUGAUUGUGUUAGUUUUGCCCACCACAAUCAUAGGGACACUAAUAUUAACACUUGGGCCGUCCUGGAAAAUAUUGAAGUGUGAGCUGCUCCAGUUCACAGUGCCAGCCUUCCAGCCCUGCCCUCUUUUAUGAUACUCCAUUCCAUUCCCUCACAGCCCCCAAUUUCUCUCCCUUUGCUGCAACGGUAAUUCUGUGCCCAUUGUAGAUGCCAGGUUCUCAUUGUGCCCAAUAUAGCUUCUCUCACCCCCCAAACCAAACACUUGAGUUUCUUCUUUUUUUUAAGUUUGGGUCUCCCUCAAUGAAGGAUAACCAUUUUUGCCCCAGAAUCCCUCCAGAAAGCUUGUGACUAGCCAGAAAUUUGAAAGAAGUGUUAUCUGACACAAGGUUUCAUCAUAGGCCUGACUGCUAAACUGUAUCUGAAAUUUGGACCUUAUCUGUCAUGCUGGGGUUGAAGGCACAUUCAUUUUUUCCCAAUUGCCUUUUAUCAUAUACAGUGGUACCUCUGGAUGCGAAUGGGAUCAGUUCCGGAGCCCUGUUCACAUCCUGAAGAGAACGCAACCUGCGUGGGUCGCAAUUUGCCGCGUGACAUCAUUUUGAGCGCAUGCGCGAGCAGCGAAACCCAGAAGUAACGCAUUCCGUUACUUCUGAGUCGCCGCAGAGCACAACUCAAAAACGCUCAACCUGAAGCAACUUUAACCCGAGGUUUGACUACAGCAGGGCAGUCCAACAUGUGGACUGAGGGCCACACAUGGCCCUCAAAGCCCUUUUUGGCAGCCUUCGGCAACAUUUGAACCCCCUCCCCUCUCACUUCCUUCCCAAAGGAAGGCGUGAGGGCUCUGAUAGGGUCCUAGCAUCUUCCUGCCUCCUUCCCAAAGGCUAGUUAGCACUCUCCCAGCUUUGGGAAGGAGGUAGGAGGGGUCUAGGACCCUGUCAGAGCUUUGUACCUCCUUUCCAAAGCCCAGUGCAUUGGAAAGGCAGUUUGAGGGCUGGGAGAGGUAUCAAAUUUCGGCCUUGCUCCAUUCACCCUCCUUGCACUGUGCAACAAGGCAGUGUGUGACCUCCCGGUUCCAUGUCAAAUUAUCCUUGCAGCCCAGUUGGUAUGAAAGCUUGGACCACCCUGAUGUAGACCAAGACCAAAUGACCUUGUUAUGCUGCUGUUCAAGAUUGUAUAGGUGGUGAAACUUUUGUAGCCCAAAGGCCACAUUCCCUUCUAGGCAGCCUUCUGAAGGCCACGUGUUAAUGGUGGGCGAGGCCAGAGAAGAAGAAGAAGAAGAGGAGUUUAGAUCUGAUAUCCCACUUUAUCACUACCCAAAGGAGUCUCAAAGCGGCUAACAUUCUCCUUUCCCUUCCUCCCCCACAACAAACACUCUGUGAGGUGAGUGGGGCUGAGAGACUUCAAAGAAGUGUGACUGGCCCAAGGUCACCCAACAGCUGCAUGUGGAGGAGCGGAGACGUGAACCCGGUUCACCAGAUUACAAGUCUACCGCUCUUAACCACUAUACCACACUGGAAAAAGUGGAAGGAGCAGUAAACGAAAAUGUCACCUUUAAGCUAGUUUCUACAGACUCUCCCCCACACCCCUCUCUAUCUUCCAUCCAGACAAUAAAAAGGGCAUUAUCAGAGCUCAAGGACACAGUUGAGCCAAGCAAAAACACAUGGGCUGUGAGGGAGACGCAGUGAGGGGUGUGGUCUGGAGCAAAUUCUAGGGCCAGGCAGAGGUGAGGGCCACAUUGGGGACACCCAGGCCUGACAUUCCCCACCCCUGACAUGUUUAAUCUAUUCUGACCUCUCCUUCAAUCCACCACAUGCAAAUUUGGAUGAAAAUAAUAAGCUGCGUUCUGCAUUUCUGCCCUACCACAUGACCUGGAUGAAUCAGCCAGUGAGUGGAUAGAGUGGGAAGAAAGUUAAUACUCUAUCUAAUACUUAUCAAUUUUCUUGUCCGCUACAAAUUUUAGCCCCAGGAAGUGGGGACCCUGUGGUCUUCCAGAUGGUGUUGGACCUCCCAUUAGCCUGCAUGGCUAGUGGCUAAGGAUGACAAAGACUGUAGUCUAGCACCAGAAGUUCUCCAUCCCUGUUACAGCCUAUGGAAUGGGUGUCUCAAUGUAUUAUUUGGAUGUUCAGUUUGUUUUGCAGGCCACUUCGCCAAGAAACAGAGAUAAGGGCAGACUUUUUGCUGUCGAUGCCUAUUUUUGUAAUGUUAUAGAAUGUGAUUUUUGUGUGUUUAAGUCAAAACUUAAUUCAUUCACUUAACUUUUCUCUAAGUAAAUGUAUUUGGAGUAGACCA